GGAACUGUAUAUUUCAAGUGUUUAUCUCUGUUUUUGACAGACUCAGACUAUACUCCAAUGACUGUUAAUGAUGUGAAGCUCAUCACUGCCGGGAAAAUACUUGACAACAAUAGGACACUCGCAGAGUCCAGCCUUCCCGUUGGAAUGAUCACCACAAUACAUCUUCUUCUUCCCCCUCCUACUCUACACAAAAGGAGCGGGGUCGAGAUCAUGUACUAA